AUGGUCCAAGAAGAAGGCCCGGCUCGUGCUUCUAGUGCUACGGAUAAGUCCAGGAAAGAUGUCGAGUCCGCCGAAGUGGAUUCCGCGUCCGUGUUGGACCUGACACGGGAUCCGAAUCAAAACCAAGCGUCCAUGACUUCUCCUGACGAGGCGAGAGUGGCGUCAGAAGGAAGUGCUUCUAAGCCCUUCUUCCGAGUGAGCGAGAAGACUUUUAACGCUCUCGUCUCGAAGCUCUUGAUCUCACAGGGGCUACCAUACACGUUGUGCGAGUCCGCCGCUUUCAAGGAUCUCAUUCGCGCUGCUACUGGAAACCCUGCGUUUCAAGGCCUGGGCUGCGACAGGCACGACCGUCUACUAAAUAGCCGCUUUCAGUUAUUUUGCGAAUUGGUAGGUGAAUUGCUGUCCACUGAAUUCCGCUUUAUUGCGGCUCUCGCCUGCGUGAAGAAUGACGGCCGCAAUACCCCGGCCGUCGCUAAGGUCAUCGAGGGCUCGUGGGACAAAAUAGUUACUACGGUAACCCCCGGAGGAGCUUUGUACGAAGGCGGGGACGUGAUUCACAAGCUUCGCAGCCUGAACAACCACUUCCGGUCGCCAAAACAGCGCAGUGCAUUGAAGAAGAUCCCGGAGACCCUCUCAUACCCAGAACUGGAGGACCAAGACGUCCACGUUGCAUACACAUGCAAACUUAUUAGAAGGUCUGUCGUCAACUACGCAGCUUUUGAUGCUUACCUCCAGUCUACGAAGGAAUCUACUAGCUCAUGGAGCGCUCUGACCGCUAAGGAUUGGAUGCUUGCUGUCGAAAUGGAGGCAGCCACCAAUUUCAUAGCCAAUCUUGCUCUGGUAGAGGUGCAGAGCGAGAACCUUGUGUCGUCGUACAUGGUUGUGUUCCGGUGGCUUGCAGCGAACAAGUUGAAGGCAUUCAAAUUUGAAGCCAUGACCUUUGAGGCUCCUGGAGCCAAGGAUGCUAGCGAAGCGAGUCGUCGUCGAGUGACGAGGACGAGAGACCAGUUCUCGGACGCUGGUAAGACAUGUCUCCGAAGAGCUCGUAUGCAGCUGCAGGCUCGUUUUCCCAACGUAACCACGGAGUCGAUGGCAUGUGUUCUGCUGGAUCCUAGGACAAAGUCCAGUGCGAAGAAGAUUGCCGCCGUCGAGUGGCUCGAGGUCACCAAACGCCAGAGCCCCAAGAUCAAGCUUAAGGACUUGUCGAAGGACAUGUCGAUUGACGCACAGAGCGGGAUGCACUACGCUCUGUUGGGUCUCUACAAACAUAUAGAUGUGCUAAAGUGGGUUCGAGAUGAAGGUGAAGCUCAGUUCCCCUCUAUUGCGCUACUGGCGCGUAUCCAUCUUGGCAAAAUCUCGUCUUCAGCGUUCCAAGAGAGGGUGUUUUCAACUGGAGGGAUAGUUAUGGGACCUCUGAGGACAAGGACGGAUAGCAGGCGAGCGGAGAGGCAGCUGCUACUGCGGCACAAUAGGGAUGAAAUCAUGAAGAUGAAGCUGGACGCUCGCAAGUCGAACGAAUCGUUUCGGCCAAUCGAGACCACUGCUAGUGACGCCCGCUCGAUACGGCCUAUCGGCAAAUACGAGCGGAAAAUACCGCAUGAGGGAGAGCUCCGAAAUCACCAUGUUCAGGAGCCUCAGCGUCUUGAUGCUGCGUCAAGUGGAAGCAGCAAGGCAUUGAAGCCACUGCAGCUUUUGCCGAGCAAGGGCUAG